AUGGCCCAAUACUAUCCCCAACAAUCACAACCCUCCUACGGCUCCCAAUCGCCUCAAAACCUCCAAUUCUACCCAUCCUCCUACUCCGUCUCAGGCCACACCACGCCCUCCCAAGCCUCCUAUGGCGUUGGCUACGGCGGCCAGCCAUCUACCCAAGCAUACCCCGGCUCUUCAGCAGGCGGGCCGGGAGGAUAUGGAGGCGGAUUUGGCGGUGCCGGAUCGUCUGCGACUGGAGGUGUAUCUGGUAGGAUGGGAGAGCAGGGAGGAUUGAGAACGGGCUGGCUAGCUGCGUUCGGUACGGAGGGGUAUGAUGGUGAGCCGCCGUUGUUGGAGGAGUUGGGUGUUAAUUUUGAUCAUAUUCGUUCCAAGACACUCACAGUCCUCAACCCCUUCGCCCAAAUAGACCAACACCUUAUGGACGACAGCGACCUCUACGGCGCAAUUCUCUACAUCGUGCUGUACGGCACAUUCCUGCUCUUUUCCGGCAAGGUGUUUUACGGAUACAUCUACGGCGUCGCUGUAUUCGGUACAUUGACUCUGCACCUCAUCCUGAGUCUGAUGUCUCCCUCUCUGGACGCGGCGGGCGGGAACGCGGCAUCACCGAUCCCGAACGCGGCGGAUCCAAAUAACUACGAUCCUCACCAGAAACCACCGGGUCAUAUUGCAGGUGGUAUUGGCGGCGGCGCAACGGGCCAUUUCUCAGCAACGCUGACUUUCCCGCGCUCCGCUAGCGUGCUAGGAUAUUGCUUUCUGCCCCUCGUGUUGACGAGUCUGAUUGGCGUCCUGCUCCCCAUGGACACUAUGUUCGGUUAUUUACUUACCUCUGCGGCUGUGGGGUGGUGCACAUACAGCAGUUCAGGCAUGUUUUGUGCUGUGGGACGCAUGCGCGGAAUGAGGUUUUUGGUGGCGUAUCCGUUGGCUCUUUUUUACAUUGUGUUUGGGAUUAUGGGGAUUUUCUCAUCCAGGGGGAGUGGCACUUUAGCCGCGAAGACGGGGAGUUAUUAA